CUCUUCGACUAAAUUGUGUAAAACAGUAAACACGCCAACUUAUUGUAUUGGGAAAAAGGCAAGCUGAAAAGAUCGUCAUUGUAAUUGUAGUAAAUUCAGUCAAAUUGGCUGUGUUUUUAAGCGACUAUUUUAGUCGUUUUCACUAAUAUAUUUGCGGCUACACGUGAUGCUGUAUGACUGCUUUACAAGAAGCUUCCCGAAACAAAUAUGGACGAAUGCAUUCCCCGCAGUACAAUCGAAACCGGCUCUUUGUGCCGCAGUGGUACUUUCUAGAAGCUUGUGCUAGUUUCUGUCAGCUGCUAUCGGGACAGAGCUGUGAUUGGCGGAAUAUUCCCUACGUAGGAGUUCUACGACAUUCUGUUCUGGAACCUUCUCAGCCUGUAUAAAAAGCAGCCGGCAGAAGCUCUCUGUCUCAUUGCAAGCAUUACUAGCUCGGAGACGGCGAGCAGUUUAUCUAAAUCCAAUCGCCUGUAACAGCGCUGCAGCAACCAUGUCCAAGGGACCAGCAGUUGGAAUUGAUCUUGGCACCACUUACUCUUGUGUGGGUGUCUUCCAGCAUGGCAAAGUAGAGAUCAUUGCCAAUGACCAAGGAAAUAGGACCACACCCAGUUAUGUGGCUUUUACAGAUACAGAAAGGCUGAUCGGAGAUGCAGCUAAAAAUCAAGUUGCCAUGAACCCCACAAACACAGUUUUUGAUGCCAAGCGACUUAUUGGCCGCAGAUUUGAAGAUGCGGUUGUUCAGUCUGACAUGAAGCACUGGCCUUUCACUGUUGUGAGUGAUGGUGGCAGACCAAAGGUCCAGGUAGAAUAUAAAGCCGAGACUAAAUCUUUCUAUCCGGAGGAAGUAUCCUCUAUGGUUUUAACGAAGAUGAAGGAAAUAGCUGAAGCUUACCUUGGCAAGGUUGGAGUAGAAAGGAAUGUACUGAUCUUUGAUCUCGGUGGUGGCACCUUUGAUGUCUCCAUUCUAACCAUUGAAGAUGGAAUCUUUGAAGUAAAGUCUACUGCUGGUGACACUCACUUGGGGGGUGAAGACUUCGAUAAUCGUAUGGUGAACCACUUUGUUGCAGAAUUUAAGAGGAAGCACAAGAAGGACAUCAUUGACAACAAGAGAGCUGUUCGCCGUCUCCGUACUGCUUGUGAGCGUGCAAAGCGUACGCUCUCCUCCAGCACUCAGGCUAGCAUUGAAAUUGAUUCACUCUAUGAAGGAAUUGACUUCUAUACCUCCAUAACAAGAGCACGUUUUGAAGAACUCAAUGCCGAUCUCUUCAGAGGUACCCUUGACCCUGUGGAAAAAUCACUUCGUGAUGCUAAGCUUGACAAGUCUCAAAUACAUGAUAUUGUAUUGGUUGGUGGAUCCACCCGUAUACCUAAAAUCCAAAAACUUCUUCAAGAUUUUUUCAAUGGCAAGGAGUUGAACAAGAGCAUCAACCCUGAUGAAGCUGUGGCUUAUGGCGCAGCUGUACAGGCAGCCAUCUUAUCUGGUGAUAAGUCCGAGAAUGUUCAGGACCUCCUGCUCCUUGAUGUUACACCUUUAUCCCUUGGUAUUGAGACAGCUGGUGGUGUCAUGACUGUUCUGAUCAAGCGAAACACAACCAUUCCCACAAAGCAGACGCAAACUUUCACAACAUACUCUGACAACCAGCCUGGAGUGUUAAUUCAGGUGUAUGAGGGUGAAAGAGCAAUGACCAAAGAUAACAACUUGUUGGGUAAAUUUGAGCUGACUGGCAUCCCACCAGCUCCCAGAGGUGUUCCUCAGAUUGAGGUCACAUUUGACAUUGAUGCCAACGGUAUCUUAAAUGUGUCUGCUGUUGACAAGAGCACUGGCAAGGAGAACAAAAUCACCAUUACCAACGACAAAGGACGAUUGAGCAAGGAAGAUAUUGAGCGUAUGGUUCAAGAAGCUGAGACCUACAAAGCUGAAGAUGAGCAGCAAAGGGACAAGGUGUCUUCAAAGAAUUCCCUAGAAUCCUAUGCAUUUAACAUGAAGUCUACUGUUGAAGACGAGAAACUUCAAGGAAAAAUCAGUGAUGAAGAUAAACAAAAAAUUCUGGAAAAAUGCAACGAAGUUGUAUCUUGGCUGGACAAAAAUCAGACUGCAGAAAAAGAAGAGUUUGAACAUCAACAAAAGGAGCUGGAGAAGGUGUGCAACCCCAUUAUUACAAAGUUAUACCAGGGUGCAGGUGGCAUGCCAGGUGGUAUGCCUGGUGGCUUCCCAGGUGCUGGUGCUGCUCCAUCAGGUGGAGCAUCCUCUGGUCCUACAAUUGAAGAGGUUGACUAAGCUGCAUUCCACUCCUAUUAUUUGUCUUGUAACUCCAGGGACACACACGUAUUACUAGCUGUUCAAUUUUCUCAUGUAUGCUGCUGUAUUAAUUUUUGGGACAUUAAUACUUGAAUUCACUCCAAGUCUGGAAAACACCCUAGCAGCUGGACUGUUUUAACAUUUGGAUCCAGACAAAUAAAAUGUGUUUAAUUGGC